UAAGUUGGAUGAUAUAAACGUUCGGAGAGAGAGGUGAGAGAGAAAGAGAAGUAGAGAGAGAGAGAGAGAGAAUUACAGAGCAUUUUCCAACACGAUACGACCGAAUCAAACCCCUCUUUCUCUCCUCUGCCUCCUUAGCAGCUGCGUUUAUCAUCGUACUCGCCUUCGAUUUUCCCGAUUGUUCUUAUUAUCGCACACUGUUCUCUCUUCGAUUUGAGGGAACAGUGAAACACAGUCUCAGGAUCGGUAUACCCAACUGCACAGGUAGUCACUAAAUAAUGGAGUCUCACGAUGAGACUGGAUGCCAGGCUCCUGAACGUCCUAUUCUUUGCAUUAAUAAUUGUGGCUUCUUUGGAAGAGCAGCUACCAUGAACAUGUGUUCCAAGUGUUACAAGGACAUGCUGUUGAAGCAGGAGCAGGACAAACUUGCAGCAUCGUCAGUUGAAAACAUUGUGAAUGGAAGUUCCAGUGGCAAUGGGAAGCAAGCUGUGACUACAGGUGCGGUUGAUGUACAAGUUGAAACUGUUGAGGUCAAGACUGUUUGUGUCCAGACUUCUGCAGAUUCCUCUUCUGGUGAGAGUGUGGAGAUGAAAGCCAAAACUGGUCCUAGUAGAUGCGCCACAUGUCAGAAACGUGUUGGAUUAACUGGUUUUAGCUGCAAAUGUGGCAACCUCUUCUGUGCAAUACAUCGCUAUUCCGAUAAACAUGACUGCACUUAUGACUAUAGGACUGUUGGUCAGAGUGCCAUAGCUAAAGCCAAUCCAGUAAUUAAGGCAGACAAGGUUGACAAAAUCUAGGCAUGCACAAGACUGAGGGUUAAUGUAUGAACAUUGACAUCUUCUAUCCAUAAGUCUUCAUAUAUGUUGUCUGCCUGGUUUUUUAGGUGUCCUUUAGUGAUUAAAAUGAUCCAUGUCAAGAUGGCAAGGGCAUCAUUAGGGAAAACAUUAAUUGUUGAUUGGGUGAUGUACUUGUUAGCUCCAGUGUGUUUGUGCUGUUUGAUGGAUACUUUGGCUCAUUUUGUAAUUUGAUUUCGUGCUUGGUCUGCAAUUUUUUUUUCUUCCUCAUUUCAUGAAAAAGUAUUUCCUGCCUA